UGUGUGUGUGUCUGUGUGUGUGUGUGUGUGUGUGUGUGUGUGUGUGUGUGUGUGUGUGUGUGUGUGUGUUAAAUUAAAUUAUUCAUCUUGAUUUCUCGAUUCUGCGAUAAUCACAAGCGUUAUUUCUCAUCUCGUUCACAGGGGGGCGUAGUCGACUCUGAAAAUGUUAGCUGUCACAACAGGGUGAAUAUGGUAUAAUGGAAUGGGAAAUGUCCAAUCAAUUUCUUGUAGCUAAUCGUUUUUCUUUUCAAAUAAUUUUGGCAACAAUGUUUAUUUUUUCGAGUAGUAAAUUACCUUCUAUCGUGAUUGGAUGUUGGUUUGCUGAUCUCACAUCCUGUCCAGUGGUGGCCUAUUCAUGUCAUGUGGACAUUUUGCAGAACAGCCGUUUUGAGACGCUUGGGCUGGAUGUUGCGAAGGAGCAGGGAAUGAGAUAUGGAUAGCCAACACCACUCCUGGUGUAUCUGGCAAAUGGAGUUGGGGACACACACAUGAAAGAGCAUGGGUUUAACACGAUCAGUUUAGAUGUGCGCAUAGUGGCACAGCCUUUAGUGGAAGAGCCCGAAAACAGAAAACGCCCAACACACGUCUUGUAGGAAAUGGUGCCAAAAGCAGAGGUGUGACAGCGUCUAGACGUACAGUUGGACUGCUCCUAUCAGGCCAGACACAACACCGCUUCCACUCUCUUGUCAUAUCUCAGCUGCUUAUUGCUCGCCACACAGAGCACCAUGUCUAUAAUGGACCACAGCCCCACCACUGGUGUGGUGACGAUCAUCGUGAUCCUCAUCGCCGUGGCUGCUCUGGGAGCCCUGAUCUUCGGCUGCUGGUGCUACCUCCGGCUGCAGCGCCUGAGCCAGUCCGAGGACGAGGAGAGCAUCGUGGGGGAGGGGGAGACCAAGGAGCCCUUCCUGAUGGUCCAGUACUCGGCCAGGGGGCCGCGAGUGGAGCACAAGACCAGGCUCACCCCCAAUGGCACAGAGACCCACAAUUGACUUUGUCCGGUGACCUAACAGUCCACAACGUCCCCCUCUUCCCUCAUGUGUGUUAUCCUCAAGCGCUGGACCGUGAGCAAAAAAAGCCCCAGCCACCUUAUUGGCCAGUCUCUAAGAAAACUGGCCCUGUAUGCCCGAUGACCAGUCCAGGCCUGUUCUUCAUAUACUUGCUGGCUGCCACAGAGAGCGCACAUACUUGAGACAAGACCAUCAGGGUCUCACCAUUGUGGUCUGACGUUCCCAACAGCAAUUCUGUUGCAUCUUGCCAGGCGUGCUCUCAUGGGAUGAAGUAUGAACCAACUGGCUUUGUUUGAAAUGGUCCGACUGGCUAUUACCAGGAUUAAGGCAAUGCAUUCUGGACUUCUUUCGGCAUGUUUGAAUACUGCAGCAUAUCAAUUCAGCGUUCUCCCCAUACAAAGACGAGUCUGUGGUACAGUGCAGCACGACAGAAUGAAAUCCUAGCACCACAGAUUGAUUACGCCUCCCCCACCACAAAGGCAUGAAGAUCAAGGCAUUGUUCUGGAAUAUCAUAAAACAUGGGUUGUAGGUGUGUCUCUGCAUGCUGCAUGCUGUGAGACAGACCGAGGAAGACCAAGUAGCCUGAACACAAUGACACAACAGGUGUGUUUCUGAGUCUUUGGUACUCACUAAUAAGGUUCUGGAAGAUGGUGAAGUAGAAGCAUCCUCCCUUGAAGAGUGAAGAGCUGGCAAAGGAAGAAAACAAAGAACAGCAGGCAGAAGUGCAGGGGAAGGACCAUUAGGGCCUACACUGCAUGAAGCCCAACUGAAACACACACACACACACACACAGACAGUUAGACAUUAGAGACUAGUGGUGCAUACAGGGGUUGGACAAUGAACCUGAAACACAAUUUGAGGACAAAUUGUUGGUGCACAUCUUGCUGAUACAUCAGUGACCAAGACAGCAAGUCCAGGGUAAUGUCAUCAUACCACCAAGAGACAAACCACAUCCAACAGGAUCAACUGUGCACGCAAGAGGAAGCUGUCUGAAAGGGAGGUUUGGGUGCUAACCCAGACUGUAUACUAAAUAAUCCCAUAAAACCACUGCUGCCCAAAUCAUAGCAGAAUUAAAUGAGCACCUCAACUCUCCAGCUUCCACCAGAACUGUCCCAUCGGGUCCUCCACAGGGACAAUAUACACGGACGGCCUGCUAUAGCCAAAUCCAGGUGUUUCAGGUUCAUUGUCUAACGGUCAAUGUCUGCGUACAACAUUGGGCCAGUGCAAGUGUUGUGUGUGCCCUCAUUGGCAUAUACA